CAGUUUCUUUUGCUUCUACUGAGGAAGCAACUGCUCUCCUCAAAUGGAAAGCAACUUUCCAAAACCAGAAUAAUUCCUUAUUGGCUUCAUGGAAACUAAGUGCCAAGAAUUCUUCUAGCAUUGGAGGGGCAAGUUCUGAUGCAUGCAGGGAUUGGUAUGGAGUUAUAUGUGUUAAUGGCAGGGUAAACAGGUUGAAUAUUACAAAUGCUAGUAUUAUUGGUACACUCUAUGAUUUUCCAUUCUCAUCUCUCCCUUUUCUUGAAUAUGUUGAUCUUUGCAUGAACCAACUCUCUGGCACCAUCCCUCCUGAAAUAGGUAAACUGACUAAUCUAGUUUAUCUUGAAUUGUCGAUCAACCAGAUUUCAGGCAUAAUCCCACCACGAAUCGGCUCACUAGCCAAGCUUCAGACCCUUAAUAUCUCUGACAACCAAUUAAAUGGUUCCAUUCCUGCAGAAAUAGGGAAGAUGAAGUCGCUUGAGGAUUUAGGCUUACAGAAAAACAAUCUUUCUGGUCCGAUUCCAAAAACUAUUGGUGACUUAAGUGAGCUCAAAAUUCUGCACCUUUAUUCUAACCAACUUUCUGGUCCCAUUCCUACAGAGUUGGGGAAUCUAAGAAAUCUCAUUGAUCUAGAAUUAGCCAAUAAUCAGCUUACCGGUUCAAUUCCUGUUUCAUUUGGCAAUUUGAGAAACUUGCAAAGACUGCGACUCCGCACCAACAAACUUUCUGGUUCCAUUCCAAAAGAACUUGCAUAUUUGGAUAACAUGGUUAUGUUUUCAAUGACUGAAAAUCAGUUUUCAGGCCACUUGCCAGAGCAUUUUUGCCAAGGUGGAAAACUUGUGAAAUUCACGGUGGGUAAUAACAAGCUGACAGGUCCAAUACCAAGAAGCUUGAGCAAGUGCUCGAGUCUCAGAAGAGUUCGUUUUGAUAACAAUAGUUUCACUGGGAAUUUAUCGGAAAGUUUUGGUAUCUAUUCAGAGCUUCAGUUCAUUGAUUUGAGCGACAACGAUUUUUAUGGUGAACUCAGCAGCAACUGGGGAAAAUGCAAGAAUUUGACAAAUUUGCAGAUAGCUAGAAAUAACAUUAGUGGUAGCAUACCACAAGAGAUUGGAAACGUCAAAGGGCUUCUAGGACUUGAUCUUUCAUCUAAUCAUUUGGUUGGGCAGAUUCCAAAAGAAUUUGGAAAAUUGACCUCUCUAGUUAAACUUUUUAUGCAGAACAAUCACAUUUCUGGCAAUAUUCCGAGUGAACUUGGGUCACUGACAAAGUUAGAUUGCCUUGAUCUGUCAGACAAUAGAUUGAACGGGUCGAUCCCAAUAUUUAUCGGAGAUUACAUGAAUAUGUUUCUCUUGAACCUGAGCAACAACAAGUUUGGCCAGAAAAUUCCAAAGGAGAUUGGGAGGAUAACUCACCUAAGUGUACUUGAUUUGAGCCAUAACCUUCUAGAUGGAGAAAUACCCUCUCAGUUAGCCAGUUUGCUGGACUUGGAAAAGUUGAAUCUUUCUCACAAUGGCCUCUCUGGCCGCAUUCCUGAAGAAUUUGAAAGUAUGACUGGUUUGCGGGAUGUUGUCUUGUCAUACAAUGAGUUGGAUGGUCCAAUACCAAAUAAUAAAGCGUUUAUGAAUGCUUCAUUUGAAGGUAAUAAAGGUCUUUGCGGCAAUGUAACAGGAUUUCAGCCUUGCGAAAGGCCAUCUUCGAUGGUGAAGAAGCAGUCAAGAAGUAAAUUCAUCCUCGCCACUGUACUUCCUGUUAUGGGAGCACUAGUACUUCUCUGUGCUUUUACUGGUGUUCUUAUGUGUGAUAAAAGAAGGAAAGUUAAAGAUGUUGAAAGACGGGAUGAUGGUUUGUUUUCUAUAUUCUUGUUAGAUGGAAAGGCAUUGUACAGUGAUAUCUUAAACGCCACAGAGGAGUUUGAUGCAACAUUUUGCAUGGGGCAAGGAGGGCAGGGAAGCGUUUACAAGGUAAACCUUCCAUCAUUAGGAAGUAUAGCUGUGAAGAGAUUUCAUUCUUCAUUUGCGAAUACACAUUGCAAAAGCUUCACGAAUGAGGUAAAUGCAUUGAUAGGGAUUAAGCAUCGGAACAUUGUGAAACUCUAUGGCUUUUGUUCGAAUGCACAACACUCGUUCUUGGUUUACGAGUAUGUGGAGAGGGGGAGUCUGUUUAGUAUCUUGAGCAAUGAAGAUGAGUCCAAGAAUUUGGAUUGGCUUAAGAGGGUGAAUAUCAUCAAAGGUGUUGCUUUUGCUUUAUCUUACCUGCACCAGGACUGUUUGCCACCAAUUGUUCAUCGAGACAUAUCAAGCAGUAAUAUUUUGCUUGACUCUGAGUAUGAAGCUCGUGUUUCCGAUUUUGGAAUAGCCAAGCUUCUCAAGCCAGACUCGUCCAAUUGCACAACGCUUGCAGGCACAUAUGGCUAUGUUGCACCUGAGCUCGCAUAUACAAUGAAGGUUACAGAAAUGUGUGAUGUCUAUAGCUUUGGAGUAUUAGCAUUGGAGAUAAUCAAAGGAAAUCAUAUUGGGGAAUACAUUACUCUGCUAGCAAAUUCAUCGACUAGAGAUCACGUGCAGCUUAGUGAUUUGCUGGAUGAACGCCUUCCAUAUCCUGAAGAUAGAGUAAAGGAGGUUUUGGUUUUUAUCAUCAAUCUAGCAAGCUCUUGUUUGGUUGAAACUCCGAAAUCGAGGCCAACAAUGCACUUCAUCUCUCAUAGGUUAUCAAUUUAUCAUCAAUGGAUUCACGCCCACGUACUCAUCAUAGAUAAAAACCCCAUAGCUUGCAUAUACAAUGAAGGAUACAGAAAUGUGUGAUGUCUAUAGCUUUGGAGUAUUAGCAUUGGAGAUAAUCAAUGGAAAUCAUCUUGGGGAAUGCAUUACUCUGAUAGAAAAUUCAUCUACUAGAGACCAUAUGCAGCUUAGCGAUUUGCUGGAUGAACGCCUUCCAUAUCCUGAAGAUAGAGUAAAGGAGGUUUUGGUUUUUAUGAUCAAGCUAGCAAGCUCUUGUUUGGUUGAAACUCCAAAAUCGAGGCCAACAAUGCACUUCAUCUCUCAUAAAUUAUCAUCAAUGGAUCCGCGCCCACGUACUCAUCAAAUAAACCCCCAUCUACGGCCAGCUAUAAAUCCCUGAUAUGUAAGGUGUCUUUGUAUGGAAAUGCCUUUGACACCAAGUAGGUGUGAAGUAAGUAAUUUGAUGAGAACUAAAGGUCCAUGGCAAAAUUAUUACUGGGACUAGUAUUUUGUGUUGUCAGGGUGCUUAUAAAUAGCCAAUUUAGAAAAAU